UUUGUGCUUCCAGUACGAUAUGCAGAGCAAUGCAACAAUGAUGACUAGUACAUCGGCAUCGCCAGAGAAACGAUCCGGCAGGAACAAAAUGGGAAGUAUCGAUAGAAACAAUGACCAGUACAAUAACUAUGACCAAUAUUACGACGGUCAAUACGACCAGUUUGGGAACCCUAUGAACGGCGGCGGUUACGAUCAAUAUGGGAACCCUCUUAACGGUGGCCACGAUCAGUUUAGUCUCAUGGGAGCUCUUUGUGGUCAAUACCCUUACAGUGGUACCUUUGACAACUCAAGCUUGGCUGCGGGCGGAUAUGCGCAACCGUCAAUUCUUAGUGAUGCUUCUGGCGCAUCCAUGUACCCCAAUUCUCCAAACAUACCACCGCCAGAUGAGAAUGGAAAGAUUGUUAUCACUGAUGCAGACAUUAUAGUGUUGUAGUUAAUUAUACUAGCGUUGCUCUGAGCUAGUACACUCAUAGGCACAUUUUAAUAUUAAUUUUAUAUACUUCGUUAACUUCUAAAAUAUAGCAAACCAGAUCAAAAACAUGCCGAAUCCAAAUACCUGGCUGGUGUAUUGCAAUUGAAUUGAACCCACUCGAAUAACAAUAACGUCGCUCGGCCUUUCAAUUCAUAUUUGUACUUAUGUUACUUUAUAAAGUGUAUACGAACCGUGCAAUGUCUUCUGACUAAAAUGAAAUUGAAGUUCGUAUCAUACAUUUCUU